CUCUUCUUUUUGCUCCUCUCUCUCUUUCUUUAUCCCCCCUCUUAAGUUUUCUCUCUUUGUUUCUUGGUUUUGAUGGAGCUAGUGCACGGUAGCCGUUCUUUUUCCUCUGAAACGCCGUUUUUGGCUCCGAUUUCGCGGUCACCCGAAAGCUGUCUCCCUUUUCCUCAUGGCAUACAACCUAUGCUUCCGGAAACUUCCGUGCAAAACAACGCUUCUGAUCAAACCCUAGAAUCAGCCUUUUCUCGUCUCAGUGUGUCAACCCAGGGGAAUCAAGAGUUAGGCUAUCCGGGUUUUCUUGGUGGUGAAUAUUUGGAGGGGUCUGGGAGUGGGAUUGGUGGUGGGUUGGCAAGAACAGGACAUGAGAGAAACAAUGCCGUUGACGGUUUGAAUGUGGGUUUUGGUGGAGGGAUGAUGGUGGGCCCAGAUAUUGACAGUUGGGAUACUUUCAUGUCUAGUUCAUAUCAACCCUCCAAUUUAAAUGGAAAUGGGUAUUUGCUUGAUUCAAGAAGAAGUGAACUUUUCAAUGAAUUCUCAAUAUUACCCUCUUCCAGUCAAAAUAGAUUCUUGGCUGGUUCUGCUUCUGCUGGUGGUUGCACAAGGGCUUGUUGUUCAAAAAACAGGAAUGUAAUGAGAUCUAGUUUGAAUAAUAACAAUAACAAUAAUCUGAAUAAUAGUAAUAGUUUCAGGAGGCCCCAUUGGUUACAGGAGCCUUUGAAUUGUUUGAGGCUAGGGGAUUUGAGGGGUAGGAUUGUGGCCUUAGCAAAAGAUCAAUAUGGAUGUAGGUUUUUGCAAAGGGCUGUUGACGAAGCUUCAAAGGAGGAAAUUGAUAUGAUUUUCAUAGAGACUAUUAACCAUGUGGGUGAGUUGAUGUUGGACCCUUUUGCAAAUUAUGUUGUUCAAAAAGUUGUGGAAUUGUGUAGUGAUGAACAAAAGAAUCAGAUUCUUUCAAUGGUUACUAAGGAUGAUUUUCGACUUGUUAACAUUUGUCUCGAUACUCAUGGGUCUCGUGCUGUACAGAAAUUGUUGGAGAAACUUACUACUCAUCACCAAAUCUCAUUAGCUAUGUCAGCUCUAAGCGCUGGUGCAGUUGCAUUGACCAAGGACAUGAAUGGUCAUCGUGUGAUCCAAUGUUGCUUGAUAAAUUUCUCCGACGAAGAUAAUAAGUAUCUUCUGAAUGAGGUGGCGUAUAACUGUUAUCAAAUUGCAACAGAUAAAAGUGGGUGUUGUGCUCUGCAACAAUGUGUUGACCACUCCAAGGGAGAGGUAAGAGCACAUCUGGUUCGCGAGAUAAUAGCAAAUGCUCUACACCUAGCAGAAGAUCAAUAUGGCAACUAUGUGGUGCAACAUAUACUGGGAUUGAAAGAACCACAAAUCACGGAAAGUCUUCUGAGGCAGCUUGAAGGGAAUUAUGCAUCUCUUUCCUGCAAUAGAUAUGGAAGCAAUGUUGUGGAGAAGUGCUUGAUUGAAUCGGGAGAACAGCAGUGUACAAGAAUUAUAAUGGAGUUGCUUAGAAGUCCCACUGCAUCAAGGCUUCUUGUCGACCCUUUUGGAAACUAUGUUAUCCAGUCUGCUUUAUCAGUUUCUAAGGCUUGGGGUAGGCACUCAGACAAGUUUGACCAGUGUGAUUAUCAGAGGCUUUGUCUACAAUGCUUUGCUGAAUCUGGUGCGGGUUAACUAUCCAAUGAUGCGCAGCCAUGUUUAUGGAAAAUGGGUGCUUAGAAAAUUACACAUGUACUCUUAGAAACUUACAAAAGUAUAACAUGGGGAGAUAUCCUAAUAAGAUAUUUUCACUACAAUCGGUCUUAGGCAUUUCCUUUUCCCCUCAAAAUCUUCUAUCACAUUAGGAUUAUUGUGGACUUACUGAGUUUAUAUUUGAUCUGAUGCCUCAUAGUGUAGGAUUAUUGUUGCUGUUGUAGUUUGUAGUCUUUGUUGGCCGUCACAUGAAUCCCUGAGGUAUGCUACACUCCAUGUUUGGAUCGUGAAAGCAGCAGAUACUCUGCUGUUGGAUACAGAAAUCAUGAAACUUGAUGUAUGAUUGUUCUUUUGGGGAUUUGAAAGGGGAUAAACCAUAUUUUGAGGUUUUCCCACUUUUGUUUGUCCUACACUGUAUAUCUAGCAUUUUUUUUCUUUAAGGGCAUUGAGUUAUUCCGACUCCUUUUUCAUGU